AUGGCAGAGCCCCUCCAGGAUGACGCCCAGAGUGAUCAUGGGCAAGUACCUAGUGAUGCCUCCGCCGCUCAAGCCAGCUAUGAUAGGCGACGCGAACAGGUGCGACAGGCACAGAAGUGGGUCAAAGUCACCGAAGUUGCUCGGAUCGUACUAAAUCAUUUCAGGAGGCAUCGCGAGCGCAAAGAGAAUCGCUGCCGUAUGCUUGAAGAUGAGCUUCACCGGCUAUAUGACUUGUUUACGACGGAUGAUGAACUGCAGAAUCUCCACUUUGAAAAUGAGAUCCUCCGAGAAAUCAUGGCACGCCAUUCGAUACCGAUUCCCCCAGGAAUACCACUGCAAGAACCCUCAUUAGCCGAGGUAACCUUUAUUAGCAAUGGUGGCCAUCACCAGUGUCUACAGGUCAAACUGCCAGACUACGCGCAGUGGCCAAGUCAGCCUAUCCCCCCGAACGAUAAUUUUCCUGGGCUGGAUACCCAUGCCAUUGUGGAUUCAAGUUCUCUACCUAGCCAGUCAACGGCGCCCCAAAAGCAAUCACUGGAAAUGAGGGAUCAAACAAACUAUCCUAAAGGUGUUAAUCUUGCACAAAUCGGCGUCGAUUUUGUUCUUUCGCUGGAACGGCCUUGUCUGUCUCACACACGCGCUCCAGACACCGAGGAACCAUCUGGACAUGCAAUGUCGAUGCAAGGGAUAUUGCUCUCGGGGGCUCCACAAGAUCUGCAUGACCAUACUGUAUGGGAAGUCCCCGCUCGCCAGCUCGAAAAGCUAUUCGAGCUCUCUGGCUGUCUUGGGCUAGAUGGUUACAUCACCCCUGUACAGGCAUGGAAUCGCAUAAUCAGUCGUCUAGACAUUACACGUAUCCUGGAUACGAGACUAGAGACGUUGAGAUCUGCGAUGAUACCAUACAUAAAAUGUUACGGGUUUGGGGCACUGAUGGAGGAAGAGAUUUUUGAAGAACUCUUGGAGACUGUUUUUGGUGAAGAAUCUAAAUUCCACGAAUGA